AUGGUCACCCCUGCACAACACUUGUUGAGCUCUGCACUGAGAUUUCCCAAGGGUGCUAAAAGAAGCCUGAUAGAUAAGAACUUGGCAAGACUAAGAAGCCAUGAAGAAACGGAAGAUGGCGGAAUUGACGAUGAAAGGGACCUCGUCAAUGAUCUCGAUAGAGAAGAUGAUGACAGUCUCUCGCUUGUGAGUGAUAACAAUAGCGAUUACGAAGGCCAAAAUGAAGAUGCAACUGCGAUUAGAAAUAGCGAUAGUGAUAAUGAUGAUGAGGAUGGUGAGGAUGGGAUCAGUGAUUUGAGGAAAAGUCAAGGGAAAGAACUAUCUCCGGAGAACACGAGAUCAAGGCUUUCUCUACGUCAUCGUAGAACAUCUUCAUCCGCUUCAAGUCGGAGUUUGGAGGCUAGACGGCAAGCGAUGUCUCCCCAGAGAUUUAUCAAUUCAAUAUCCAAGCACUCUUUGAGUCCAAUCAAAUCAGGAGUUGCUGCCAUCGGUUCUCCAAUAAUGCACAGAAUUUCCAGCGAUAAAGUUGAAGAGCCAACAGUGGAAGGAAUCUCCCGGAGUUUUGCCGGUUUUUUAACUGCAGCGAGUAUGUAUGCCGGUUUCCAAGAUAUUGAAGAUGAAGAUAGGGAAGUUGAGUCUAUUCGGAAUAAAGACUUUACAAGUGCAGACUCCUCUACAGAUGGAGAAUUAGGUCCACCAGAUGAUGCAACUCAUUUGCAAGUCCUUGAUAACGACGAUGAUUCAGACGCAAUAUCUGGUAUUUCAACCCCUACAGAUACUCCUUCCGUUUAUAGCGGUAACACGAUAGCUCCAGCAGAGGGUAAACAUCAUGUUACGUUUGAUGGAGACGGGAUUAAUUCGAAAUUUGAAGUAUCGGUAGCCAAAAAGGUGACUGACAAUGCCAAGCCAGGUGAUCAACCUGAAGUGUUGGAAAAUAAAGCUCACGCAAUAUCUAGAAAGUUGAGAGAAACUUUUGAUAUAAGUCAAUCGGAAGCUUUUAUUGGUGAUUAUCCGUGCUGGUUGAUGGGAGACGUCCUAUUGCAGGGACAUCUUUAUAUCACAGACAACAACAUCCUAUUUUUUGCCUUCUUACCAAAACGCAACAAGGGUGGUAUUUCUAAAAGUGGCUCUUUAUCGGUUAAAUCAUUUCAUUCUCUGAGGAUGCAUAGAAAAUGGAUUAUUUUGAGAGAAAAUACAUUCUCAGUCUAUUCCUCUCCUAAAGAUCUAUAUUUCCCUGAAUUGGUAAUCGAUCUCAGAACAGCAUUGAGAGCCGAGAUUUAUGGAUCCUCCAAAAAUUCAAACCCUGUCGUACCUGUAUGGAUAAGAAUUGUAACAGAGAAAAGAACCCACUGGUUCCAAGCCGACAAUCACGAUGUUGCCAGAUCAUGGGUGACAAUCUUGAAAAAGCAUAUAUUUUCCUCCCGAAACAAAGGCGACCAGGUUGCUAUCAAAAUCCCAUUACAGAAUGUUAUUGAUUUGGAGUUAACUUCCGUUGUUGGUGUCACAAAAAACCUUAGGAUCAAAGUCAUCGAAAAUGCGGAAUCGUUUGCGAUUGAUGAUUAUUUUGUGAUGUUCUUCUCGAAAGGUGAUGCCGCUGUUGAAGAUAUUAAAAGUGCCAUUGAGAAAGCAGGAGUUGUGAUAUCUAGCAGUCUGAUUGAUGAUAACGAUGAUCUUAGAAACUCUGAUCUGGUGAAAUCAAAAAUUGAGAUUAUAAAGAAAUCGUGCUCAUCCGUUAAAUUGACAAAUUUCAAACCAAAAGAAAAAAAGGGGAAGCUCAAAGGAUUCAGAGAUUCUAUUCUGUCUUCAGAUGAAGAUGAAGGUAAUGAGGGUGAUGACGAAAUUGAUGAUCAAUUUGGUACCGCUGAAGAUGAUGAAGCAACUAACGUGCAAAAACACGAAUUUAUACCAAGUAAAGCUAAAAGUUUAAUUUCGUCGAGGCUCAGAGGGCGUUCAAAAAAACCUCAUAGAUGGACGUCAUCGAUUGUGCAAGGCAUUACUUCUUUUACUCAAAGUCUUAUAUUCUCUGGACCCGUAAUGCAUUUUGACGAAGAAAGUUCUUUUGUCAAAGAAGGAGAAGACCCAUUUUUUGUUAGAGACCAAGCCAAAAGAAUCUCUUGUCAAAAGAGAUUUAUCAACAGGUUUUCAUUGAACGAAAGUGAGAAAUUGAUAGCUACGUAUCACUUAUAUUUGCUCAAAGGACUUCCUACAUAUGGUAAAUUAUACAUCGGGUCUCAUGAGAUAUGUUUCAGAUCUACAAUUCCUGGGACAAGUACCGUCAUGAUUUUGCCUAUGGCAGAUAUUGAAAACGUAAACAAAGAGAGUGGUUUCAGAUUUGGUUAUUUUGGUUUAGUCAUUGUUAUUAGAGGACACGAGGAAUUGUUUUUUGAGUUUUCAACUCAUGAUGCUAGAGAUGAUUGUGAAGUUCAAAUCCUGAAGAAUUUGGACUCUUAUAAGAGGUUGAGUGCUGAAAGCAGUGCAACAGAAAAUGAUAUUGAACCAAACUUAGCUUCAAGUGCCGGAAGUUUGAACUCAGCUAGAUUAAAAAUGUUUGAAAGCAAGUUAACGGAUGCUGUUGGACUCAACGUGCCUAUAAUUGUUGAGGAGCAUCCACUAAAGCAAGCAGAAUUCAAAGCUUUCAAACCUUACAGAUUUACUCUUCUUACCAUUGGAUCAAGGGGAGAUGUUCAGCCAUAUAUUGCUUUAGGUAAAGCGCUUUUGAAAGAAGGACAUAAGGUGAAGAUUGUUACACAUGCUGAGUUCAAGGGGUGGGUAGAAAGUUAUGGUAUAGGUUUUGAUGUCAUUGCUGGUGAUCCAUCUGAAUUAAUGUCACUUAUGGUAUCACACCCGUCUAUCAAUUACUCUUUCAUAAGAGAGGCAAAAGCGAAGUUUAGAGACUGGAUUGACGAUCUUUUGAAUACCUCAUGGAAAGCAUGUCAAGAUUGUGAUGUUUUAAUUGAAUCACCAUCAUCUAUAGCAGGUAUUCAUAUUGCUGAAAAGUUACAAAUUCCAUAUUUUAGAGCAUUUACUAUGCCUUGGACAAGGACCAGGGCAUAUCCCAAUGCUUUUAUGGUUCCAGAUCAAAAAUUAGGUGGUGCAUACAAUUAUAUGACACACGUUGCCUUUGAGAACGGUUACUGGAGGGGAACUUGCUAUCAGGUAAAUAAGUGGAGAGUUCAGACAUUGGGACUACCCAAAACCAAUUUAGGUGCCAUGCACCAAAACAGUGUUCCUUUUUUAUACAACAUGUCCCCAGUUGUUUUUCCGCCGUCCGUGGAUUUCCCCGAGUGGGUCAAAGUGACAGGCUACUGGUUUUUGGAUGAAUCAGCGAGCUAUGUUCCUCCUAAAGAGUUAACCGACUUUAUAAAAAAAGCCAGGGACGAUGAUAAAAAAUUGGUUUACAUUGGUUUUGGAUCUAUUGUCGUUGACAACCCUAAGGAAUUAACACAAGCUGUUGUUGAUGCGGUUUUGGAGAGUGAUGUCAGAUGCAUUUUGAAUAAAGGGUGGUCAGAUAGACUUGGAUCGAAAAACAAAAAUGACAUUGAAAUUGGUUUGCCGGACGAGAUUUUCAACUCUGGUAAUGUUCCUCAUGAUUGGCUAUUUACUCAAAUAGAUGCAGCUGUUCACCAUGGUGGUUCUGGCUCUACAGGAGCGUCUUUGAGAUUUGGUUUACCUACCAUAAUCAAACCAUUUUUUGGAGACCAGAAGUUCUAUGCCAACAGAGUUGAAGAUUUGGGAUGCGGUGUGGCAUUAAAGUCAUUAGAAUCUAAGCAUAUGGCAAAAGCUUUGAGAGAAAUCACCACAAAUAAGAGAAUAAUAGAAAAGGCUAAAGUUGUGGGCGAAAAAAUUAGGUCAGAAAAUGGAGUUCAGAAUGCCAUAAAUGCGAUAUACGUUUUGAUGGAUUAUGCUACUAAGUUGAGUAUCAGUAAACAUAAACAAGAUUUGGCAGAUGAUGAACAAGAGGGCUUUGAUGAUUCUAAUGAUGGAACUGAUAUCGAUGGGUCUUGGUUACUGGUUUAA